AUGAAAUCUGAUGUUUACGCUUUUGGUGUUGUACUAUUUGAGGUGUUGUCAGGAAGAAAAGCUGUAGAUUCAACCCUUGAUGAAGAGCAAUGGGGUUUAGCAGCUUGGGCUCAACAGCAAAUCAAAGAAGGAAAACUCAAUCAAAUUAUUGACCAAAGACUAAUCGGACAAAUCUCCAGAAAGUGCUUGAAGGAGUUUGCAAGCGUAGCAGGCCAUUGUUUACACACCCAACCAAAACACCGCCCUACCAUGGCAGAGGUUGUGGUCAAGCUCGAGUCUAUUCUUUCACAAGAAAGAGAAAGCGCCAAUUCAAUUAUUGAAGAAGAAGGAUUCAUUUACAAGCUUAGAUCUUUUUUCACAGGCAAAGUUGAUUCUGCAAUAGAAAACAAAUCUGAUUUCAGUUCGCACCAUAAACCAAUAGUAAUCACAGUUGAUACUGCAAAUGAAGUCAAUACAAAUCAAAGUUUCAGAACUUUCACGUAUGCUGAAUUGGUGAUUGCAACAAAUGGUUUCAAAGACGAAGACGAAUCCACAGCUUUAAAUGCAUCCAUGGAGAUUUCAACACAAAAGACGGACAUCAAACUAGAAGAUUUCAAUCAUCCCAACCUUGUAAAACUCUUGGGAUAUUGCUUGAAUAAUCACCAACUAUUUUUUGUUUACGAGGACAUUUCAGCCAUAACUUUGGAUAAAUAUCUUUACGGAGAGUCAGGUAGAACUUCACUUUCUUGGGUUGCACGAUUAAAAAUAGCAACAGGAGCAGCUGAAGGGUUGGUUUAUUUACAUAAGAGGAAACAGCCAGCAUAUAGCCAAUUUAAGACCGAUCUUAUAUUGGUGGAUACGGAUUUUAAUGCUCGGCUUUCGGAUUUUGCUUUUGAUUCUCACUCAUUCCAAUUGGAUGCAUAUUAUUAUGCAGCCCCUGAGUGGUUUCGUUACCAAGCAGACACAUUUGAUAGUCUUAACCCACUGCGGCUGCCCGAAGAUGGGAUGAAGGUGUAUGACAAGAGGAGACCCCUCGGAAAGCAAAAACUGGUGGAAUGGGCUAUUCCAUUGCUAGAAGAUGAGGUUAAUUUGAGUAUGAUUAUGGACCCACGACUUGUACACAACGAUUCUUCCCCAAAGGGAGCAUUCAAGUUGGCUCAACUUGUUUUAAAAUGCCUUCAACUAAAACAAGACAAACGCCCAUCAAUGGAAUAUAUCUUGCAGGUCUUGCAUCAUUGCUAUCAAAAUGAAAUCAAAACCGUUUGA